AUGUCGUUCGAGUCUAUCAAGGAAUAUGUGACCGCUCACGGUCAAGACCAUCUGAUAAAAUACUGGCCGGAGUUAAGUGAAAAUGAGCGGGAAAAACUUUCUGGUGAAAUCCGAAAACUCGAUCUCGCGGAUACGAACGAAAUGUUCCAGCGCGCGAUAAAUUUAACUAAAGUCAUUUUGGAGAAGUUAGAUGAUGAUUUGAAGCCGAUACCGCAGGCUCACUACGAAUCCGUCCCCGGUUUGAGCGAAGCGAAAAUCGAGGAGUACGAGAACAUUGGUUUCGAAGAGAUAUCCGCGGGAAAAGUUGGUGUUUUACUGUUAGCUGGUGGUCAAGCGACAAGAUUGGGCUUCGGACACCCCAAAGGUAUGUACGAUGUCGGUUUGCCGUCGAGAAAAACGUUGUUCCAAAUCCAAGCGGAAAGGAUCUUGAGAGUGCAACAAAUGGCUGAAGAGAGGACCGGGAAGGAAGGAAAAAUUACAUGGUACAUCAUGACUUCUGAGCACACAAUGGCUCCGACAGCUGACUUCUUCAAAAGCCACGAUUACUUCGGUCUUAGUGUGGAGAAUAUUGUUUUCUUCGAGCAAGGAAGGUUACCAUGUUUUGAUUUUAAUGGAAAAAUUUUCUUGGACGAGAAAAACCACCUAUCGUCUGCACCUGACGGUAACGGUGGUAUUUACAGAGCCUUAAAAACCCAGGGAGUACUCAAUGAUAUAGUCAAGAGAGGUGUCAAACAUCUCCACGCUCAUUCUGUCGACAAUAUUCUUAUAAAAGUAGCUGAUCCUGUGUUUAUCGGUUACUGUAAAAGUAAAAAUGCCGAUUGUGCUGCUAAAGUCGUUCAAAAAUCAUCACCAAGUGAACCAGUAGGAGUCGUGUGCCGAGUUAAUGGAUAUUACAAGGUUGUGGAGUAUUCAGAAUUGACUGAUGAAGCAGCGGAACGAAGAAAUCCGGAUGGACGUUUGACUUUCUCCGCUGGUAACAUUUGCAACCAUUACUUUUCCUCUGAAUUCCUGCUUAAAAUAUGCGAUUACGAAUCAAAGCUAAAAUUACAUGUCGCCAAGAAGAAGAUACCGUAUGUUGAUGAAAAUGGGGUGCGUCGGACACCGUCUGAACCAAAUGGAAUCAAAAUUGAAAAGUUUAUAUUUGACGUGUUCGAAUUUGCUGAAAAUUUCAUAUGUUUAGAAGUUGCUAGAGAUGUGGAGUUUUCAGCUUUGAAGAAUGCAGAUUCAGCCAAGAAGGAUUGUCCGUCAACCGCACGAGAAGACUUGCUAAGGCUUCACAGGAAAUAUAUUAGAGAGGCUGGCGGUAUCAUCGAUGACAAUAUCGACGUGGAAAUAUCUCCCCUUCUCUCGUAUGGUGGAGAAAACUUAAAAGACUUAGUAGAAAAUGAGGUAUUCACGAUAACACCCUUCCAUUUAAAGAGUAUGCAAGAGUCAGUUUCAAACGGUGUGAACGGCAUACAUUGAAAAAUAUAUAGGUGAGUUUGUAUGCAAAUAAAAUUUCCGUACUUGUAAAAUAAUAAUAAAUAAUGAUAUAUUAAUAAUUUUUAUAAGAUUCAACUUGUUAUUUGUU